AUGGCUUCUAAAUGCACUCAUUCUUCUAAGUCUUCUGAGGAUGAAAUUAAGUGCUGGAGGAAGAUGUUUAACUUCCAGAAGAUGAAACUCUUGGAUAUGAUCAAGGAUGGAAAGAAAAUCAUGGAGGUGACUGUCUGGGAGCAAGCCCACCACACUAACUUCUCCUCUGUCACAGAGUUCCUGAUGCUGGGAUUCUCCAACCUCGGGGAAACCCAGCUGAUCCUUUUUGCUGUUUUUCUGUGCUUGUACCUGGUCAUUCUGAGUGGGAACAUCACCAUCGUAACAGUCAUCCGUCUGGACCGCAGCCUCCACAUACCCAUGUACUUCUUCCUAGGGGUCCUCUCUAUCUCUGAAACCUGCUACACCUUUGUCAUCCUGCCCAAGAUGCUGGUCAAUCUCCUGUCUCUGCUCAGAACUAUCUCCUUUGUCAACUGUGCCAUUCAGAUGUUCUUCUUAAUUGGCUUUGCUGUCACCAAUUGCAUGGUCCUGGGGGUGAUGGGCUAUGACCGCUAUGCUGCCAUCUGUCACCCACUUCGGUACCCUGUCCUCAUGAGGUGGCAGGUGUGUGGUCAGCUGGCAGCUGCAUGUGGUGUCAUUGGCUUUCUCUUUGCCAUGACAGGCUCCUUCUUAGUCUUUGAGCUCCCUUACUGUGGCCCCAACAAGAUCAACCACUACUUCUGUGAUAUCUCCCCAGUGAUCAGGCUGGCCUGUACUGACACCUAUGUCAAUGAGCUGAUCAUUUUCAUUGGUGGGGUCCUAGCACUCCUUUUUCCUAUGACAUUCAUCUGCAUCUCCUAUGGCUUCAUUGUCCGCACCAUCCUGAAGAUUCCCUCCACAGAGGGAAAGCACAAGGCCUUCUCCACCUGUGCCUCCCAUCUCGUUGUCAUUGUCCACUAUGGCUGUGCUUCUUUUGUCUACCUGAGACCCUCAGCCAGGCACUCCUCAGAUAAAGACAGGCUGGUGACUGUGACUUACACUGUGGUCACUGAAUUACUGAACCCCAUGGUGUACAAUCUCAGGAACAAGGAUGUUCAGUUGGCCAUUUGGAAAGUAAUUGGCAGAGGAGGAUUUUAUCCCAAGGCCUUACAAUGA